AUGAGUUCCACCAGCUCCGAACUCACCCCACUCUUUGCUCCGUUCUUGGGUUUCGCCGGCUGUGCCGCAUCCAUGAUCUUUUCAUGCGUGGGUGCAGCUUUCGGCUCGGCAAAGUCCGGAAUUGGUAUCUCGGGUAUUGGUACUUUCAAGCCUGAGCUUAUCAUGAAAUCUUUAAUUCCCGUGGUGUUGUCGGGUAUUCUCUCUGUGUACGGAUUGGUUGUGUCGGUGUUGAUUGCCGGAGGCAUGAAUCCAUCCGAAGAGUAUUCGUUGUUCAAAGGCACUAUGCACUUUGCUUGCGGCCUUUCAGUUGGUUUGGCUUGUAUGGCUUCUGGUUACGCCAUUGGAGUCGUGGGCGACGAGGGUGUCAGACAAUUCAUGCACCAACCUCGUUUGUUUGUGGGAAUUGUGUUGAUAUUGAUUUUCGCCGAAGUUUUGGGCUUGUAUGGCUUGAUUAUUGCCUUGAUCUUGAACACCAAGGGUACUUAG